AUGCCGCAUCGUUGUACAUCAGUGGGUCAAUUGAAGCAUCGAAUUUUUCGGAAGAAGAGCGCUAGUUUUACAAAAAUUGAACUUGAUGGCGAAAAAAAUGAUGAAGAGAUAGACGGUAGUGACGCGAAAAAUGCAGCAUCAGGUUCGAAAACAUGGACGAACGCAAUGGGACGUUCGCUGCGACGAAGAUUGAGUGCUUUUCGGAAAGACACCAGUGAUAAUGAAAGUUCCGUUGUUUCGAAGUCAAUACCGGAGCGGGUCAAUGUUAUCCAGCUUCGGAAUUCUUCAUCACACCGGAACACACCUUCAAAUACUGUAAGAUUUGGUGCAACACGUCGAGAUACUAGCGCUUUAUCGAUGGUUGGUAAUUCGCAACACAAUUUAAAUAUGAAGACUGAUCCGGAUUCGAACUUGAAUUAUGUUCACCUGAUGCAGUUUAAUGCAUGCUAUGAAGCAAUGCCAACCAGCUCAAAAAUGGUUGUUUUUGAUACGAAGUUACAGCUCAAGAAAGCAUUUAAUGGACUUAUUUAUCAGAAUACACGGCAUGUAUUGCUCUCUGAUUCAGCUAAGAAUAAUGCAAUUGUUGGCAUAUUGUCUGUAACAGAUUUUAUCCGAGUCCUUUUAUUAUUACACAAAAUGAAAAAAGAAAGGGAGCAAAGAGGAACUGUGUGCGAAGAGGAGAAAACUUCUCCGAUGAGUAAGACAAAUGUAGAUAGAAAUAUCAAUAUAGAAUUAAAUAAUGAUCUAAAGCAUUUGGAAAUAUCUAAUCUGGAGAAGCAACAAAUUAACAUUUCGGAUGAUGAAUGUCAGGAUGGAAAUAAAGUAAAAGGGGUAGGGGAUGCUAUAAUGAGUGCACCGUACGAGGAUAUCGGAACUCUUACUAUCUCUGAAUAUCGAGAUUUGGUAUGCCGUGAGGGAAAAUUAAUGGAUCUUGUAUCAAUAACUGCAGAAGAAAGUUUACUGAAAGCGGUUUUUUUACUCAGCAAACAACAUAUACAUCGUUUGCCAGUGUUGGAUCCGAAUGAUGGAAGUCCAUUGUUUAUUUUGACCCACAGGCGGAUUCUCAAAUUUUUAUGGCUUUUCGGUCAGUCACUUUAUGUUCCCGGUUAUCAUAAUAAAACUUGUAAAGAACUCGGUGUUGGUACGUAUGAUGGCAUACGUGUGGUCUAUCCGGAUACAUCCUUAAUUUUAUGUCUUGAUAUACUACUAAAUAAGGGUGUCAGUGGCGUUCCAGUUGUGGAGCGUGAUACAUUCCGAGUUGUAGAUAUGUAUUCACGAUUCGAUGCAAUUGGUGUGGCGGUAGAGGAUAAAAUUGAUGAACUUGAUGUCACUGUACAAGAAGCACUAGCAUUCCGGAAUACUUUCAGGCUUGAAAAAGAUCGUGUCGUUUCAAUAUCAGUAGAAGAUUCAUUCUGGACAGCGAUUACGGUGCUUGUUGAAAGAAAUGUUCACCGACUUUGUGUUUUAAAAGCUGGUGGCGCAAUUGAGGGCUUGAUUUCUUUAUCUGAUAUAAUGAACUUUUUGAUUACUAACGUAACCGAAUUGCCAGCGGAAAAUCUGCACCAUUCUCGUUUUAGUCAGCAUUCGCGGCACAGCUCAUUGGGCGUACUUCCAGAAGGACUCGAAUCGACAAAUGAUCUUUCGGAGGCGAGAACGGAUGGUGAAACUGAAGAUUUAUUGGAAGCACAACAUGAUGUCGGCAAACUUAAUCAACAGUUUAGCACAGUUUCGAUUACCUGA